AAAUAAAAACCAGCAGCUGUAAGCUUUUACUUCAGUAACGAGUCAAUAAGUGUUUGGAUGAGUCCGGUUCAGCCCAGUUUGUUUUUAAGGAGGAUUUGGGUCACUGGUUGCGUCUUUGCAGUCAUUUUGUCACACAGCGCAGUAAUAAUGGGCUGCAGGAGGUUGUAAUUAGAGCUGCUGCACACAACGCUCCCUCUCUCUCCCCUGGUUUAUAACAGAGGGGCUUCUCUUCUGUUUGUCUUUCUCACCUGCUCCUGCAUCGGGCUCUGCGGAAUGGAGCUGCCUUUGAGGUGUCUGUAGCCCCGCAGCACAUCCAGGGGCAGAGCUUUAGAGAUGUUUCUCCUGUAAGCUGGCUUCUGGGACUAAAACAACAACAACAACAACAACAACCUCCUUUUUCAUUUAGCUCCAGUUUCAGGAGAGGGCGAUGUCAGAAGGUGGCGCCGCGCUUUACGCAUGGAGGCUGGAAUCAGCCUGUUUGUCUUUUACGCAGGAGGGCUGUGCGUCCGCGCUUCAAGAGAUGCUGCCGACCUUCUGAGAMCUUUACUUUAAGCGCGUCAGAAAGUGAGCAACCAUGCGAGGCGCUGAGCUGCUGCUCGGCUACUUUCUGGUGAAAGUUCUGGUUUGUGACGCSGAGGGCGAGCUGGAUCAGAGCGCGGACGACUUCGUGUUCGUCGGGUUUAACGAGUCCGCGGAGGGGGAGAGCGUGUCCACGGAGAGCCCCCACACGGAGGACAAGUGCCGAGGCUACUACGACGUGAUGGGUCAGUGGGACCCGCCGUUCGUGUGCAGGACGGGCAACUACCUGUACUGCUGCGGCACCUGUGGCUUCAGGUUCUGCUGCGCGUUUAAGAGCUCGCGCCUGGACCAGACCACCUGUAAGAACUACGACACCCCGCCGUGGAUGAUGACCGGCAGACCCCCACCUAAAGUGGACGUGGCGUCGGAGUCCGCCAAGGAUAAAACCAACCUGAUUGUGUACAUCAUCUGCGGGGUGGUCGCCAUCAUGGCUCUGAUUGGGAUUUUCACCAAGCUUGGGUUGGAAAAGACGCACCGUCCAAACAGGGAAAAUAUGUCAAGAGCUCUUGCACAUGUGAUCCGCCAUCCUCCCUCAGAACACGCUGACGACAUCGGACUGAGCCAGCACUACGAGAACAUUCAAACCAGAUUAUCACUUGACAGUUUCUCCAACAAUCAGAUGAACAACAUGAGUCCAUCAUCGACUUUGCUGAGUCAGCCGUAUCCAGCCAGUCCGUACGAGCAGACGCCCAUCAUCAGUCCGUACGAACAGGCGUCCAUCAAGGAUCUCAACAAGUACACCAUGCUCAAGGCUGUGGCAGAGACAGCGAACGGCCAGAGCAACCGAGCGCAAGCGUUGGAGAUGAUGACCAAGGGCAGCCUACCCAUGGAAGGUGUGGAUAUGGAGCCGGAGCCGCGGAAUCCUUACAGCCCCCCCAGACAGCGCUCUAUGAAGCAGAAAGGACACAACUUUAAAAGCCCCAGGAGCCACAGUUCCCAGUCACUUUACUACAGCUCCAACAGUGUGCCCAGCCCGGGGGGGCUGCGAUCCUGGCAGAGCAAAGACACGCUGGGACACCGACACGGCCAAACGAAACUGGGUCUCAUGGAGAAAGAGCUACACAACGCUCACUACAUGCCUCCACAGCCAUACUUUGUCACCAACAGCAAGACGGAGGUGACUGUAUGAGCCACGGGUUUGAAAUGAGGGACGUUUGUUGUCACCAAGUGCAAGACGGGAGCAUGGACAUGUGUCCACACGUGGGCAGCAUUUAUGAUGCCAUCUGUACAUGAAGUACUGUAAAAAAAUAACAUAAAGUUAAUCAUUGAACUUGACAAGGGUGCAAAUAUGAAUAUGUUGUGUUUGAUUCGCAUUUAGUCUCACAGCUAAAGUUGCUUCCCUUGUUAUCACAGUGACACAACAAACCCUGGCACCACACCCAGUCAGCCGGUUCGGAUGUUAGCAGUMCAUUAAAUGGACGUUAUUAGCAGAUAUCAGUCCCAUAGAAUGGCUUCAGACUGUCCUGACAGUGCCCCCUAGUGGGUUACCAGUGCCAUAUACAAUGCAACAAUCUGCUACUGCCAGAGUCCGGCCUACUUCAUCGUAGCCCAUGUCAUUUUCCCUAAAAUUAACCUUAGUGGUUUUACACCUCAUAUUAA